GAGAGAGGGCUAGUGGCCAUUGCUGGGCAGCUGCAGGAGGGCAGGGGGCUAGUGGCCUCCCAGGCUUCCCUGCCUCUCUUGCUCGCCCCAGGGGCCCAACCCGGAACUCUGGCCUGGCAAGCAGCUGCGGAGGGAAGGGAUGGAGCUGGCAGAGGUCAGCCUGGCCGAAGGAGGGGGUGAGCCAGAGCCACUGGCCCCCAGGGGCCGGAGAGGGAGCAGCGCAGACAGCCUGGCAGAAGAGGAGGAGGAGGAGGAGGAAGAGGAGCUCCAGAGGUCCAGCCGUGCCUCCUCCCUGGUCAGUGGCCUCCUGACUGAGCUCUAUAGCGCGGGACGAACCCGGCACAGGGACAGUGUGGACAGCUCCACAGAAGCCUCUGCCGGCUCCGACGCCUUCCCCGAGUCCCGGGUCUUGCAGGAGCUCCAGCGGAGACCGGGACACAGGCACCAGAGGCACUACCUGGCCCAGAAAGAUACAAGUGAGCUGACAACUAUAAUACGGGAGCUAAAUUACAGAAUCUGUGUUCAAUCUGCAAAGUUACUUCGCCUUCUGAAACAAAAGGACAGGCUUUUGCAUAAAGUACAGAAGAACUGUGAUAUUGUAACAGCCUGUUUGCAAGCAGUUUCCCAGAAACGACGAGUUGACACAAAGUUGAAGUUUACACUUGAGCCAUCUUUAGGUCAGCAUGGUUUUCAGCAGUGGCAUGAUGCACUUAAAGCAGUGGCUAGACUUCCAACAGGAAUACCAAAGGAGUGGAGGAGAAAGGUCUGGCUCACUUUAGCAGAUCACUACUUGAGGAGUAUAGCAAUUGACUGGGACAAAACAAUGCGCUUCACUUUCAAUGACAGAAGUAAUCCUGAUGAUGACUCCAUGGGUAUUCAGAUUGUAAAGGAUCUUCAUCGAACUGGAUGUAGCUCUUACUGUGGCCAGGAGGCAGAGCAAGACAGAGUAGUAUUAAAAAGGGUUUUACUGGCUUAUGCCAGGUGGAACAAAUCUGUAGGCUAUUGUCAAGGUUUUAACAUCCUGGCUGCCCUUAUCCUGGAAGUGAUGGAAGGCAAUGAGGGAGAUGCUUUAAAAAUCAUGAUUUAUUUAAUAGAUAAAGUGCUGCCUGACAGCUAUUUUGUCAAUAACCUUCGAGCACUGAGUGUUGACAUGGCUGUGUUCCGAGACCUCCUGAGAAUGAAACUUCCUGAGCUUUCCCAGCGUUUGGAUACUCUUCAGAAAGCUGCCAAUAAGGAAAGUGGAGGUGGCUACGAACCCCCACUUACAAAUGUAUUCACAAUGCAAUGGUUCCUGACUCUGUUUGCUACAUGCCUUCCAAAUCAUACAGUUCUAAAAAUUUGGGAUUCUGUGUUCUUUGAAGGGUCAGAAAUUAUACUGCGAGCGGCCUUGGCUAUAUGGGCAAAGCUGGGAGAGCAGAUUGAUUGUUGUGAAACUGCCGAUGAAUUCUAUGGCACCAUGGGCAAGUUGACUCAAGAAAUGCUGGAAGACAAUCUCAUUGAUAGCAAUGAACUUAUGCAGACUGUUUAUUCCAUGGCCCAGUUCCCUUUCCCACAGCUAGCAGAAUUAAGGGAGAAAUACACAUACAAUAUUACUCCUUUUCCUGCCUCAGUAAAAUCAAAUUCAGGGCGACUGGGGAAAGUUAGAGAUAGUGAUGAAGAGAAUGAGCUUGAUGAGGAGGAUUCUAUAGCUAAUGUCAUUGGUUGCCUUGGGCCAUUCAGUGGUUUUUUGGCUCCAGAACUACAAAAGUAUCAAAAGCAUUUCAAAGAAAAUAAUGAGGAGCAGACUUUAGGAUCUAGUAACAUUGCAGAACUAAGUCCUGGAGCAAUAGAUGCCUGUCGAAGUGAAUACCACGCAGUCUUUAACAGCAUGAUGAUGGAACGUAUGACCACAGACAUUAAUGCACUGAAAAGACAGUAUUCCCGAAUAAAGAAGAAACAACAGCAGCAGGUUCAUCAGGUGUACAUCAAAGCAGGGUCUGAAGAUGAAGACCCUGGGCUAUUGUUAAAUCCCAGGGACCAGCUGAAUAAUGAUAAAGGGCCAGUUACCAGUCUUCUGCCUUCUCAAGUGAACCAUUCUCCAGUGAUCAAUCAUCUUCUACUAGGAAAGAAGAUCAAGCCAACAAAUAGGUCUGCCAAAAACGCUAUUAUUCAUAUUCCAAAUCAUGCAGGAGGCAAGAUGUCACCUGGCCCGCAUGAAGAUCUGAAGACAAAGCUCAACUCUCCCUGGCGCACUCACAUUAGGGUACAUCGGAAGAACAUGGCAAGAGCCAAAGGCCAGCUGGGCUAUGGGGAUACUAUAGGACUAAUAGAAGAGCAGAGUGAGGGUGGGAAUACUAAGAGUGUCAGUGCAAAAGAGGAGGCUCCAAGCAAACCAGAAUCUGUAGAAGGAGAAGGAAAUGAUUCAGAUGCUGGCAUUACCAGGGAAGCCGAUGGGCAAUCUCCUGAACCAACGUACAAAGAUGCCAAUACCAGUUCAAACAUAUCAGCAGUUCAGCUGAAGCUAGAAGCACUGGAACUUACCCAAAACAACAAUGAUGACAUUGACUCCAGGCCAAGUCUGUACUGUCAGACACACUCCUCUGAAUUACCGAGUUCACCCAAAGACAAUGGCACAGUAGCAAAAUCCCCUGAAGGCAGCACUCCCAAGUCACAAGUCUUUAGUCCUUUCCCUAAUGUCAAGCCACUUAGAAAAUCAGCUGCAGCCAGGAAUCUAGGAUUGUAUGGUCCAACUGAAAGAACCCCAGCUGUUCACUUUCCACAAAUGAGCAGAAGCUUUAACAAGCCUACAAAUGGUAACAGUGGUUCUAAAAGACGAUGAUGCAUAUAUUUCACUUCAUUUAUAUUGUUAUUGGCAUUAUCACUGCUGUUUUAAUUUUAUGGUAUGUGUCUAUGGGUCCAAAGGGAUUAAUAUAUAAUUUAUUUCAUUGAAAUUAUGGUGAUCAAUGUCAUAAAUCUUUGUUUUUCUAUAAUAUAGAAUAGUGAAAGUAUAUGGUGACACAUUCCGUUUUCAUGGUUAAAAAAAAUAAAAUAAAUUGACUUGCAGCAUGGCAAAUGUUUCUGUCUCUGCUCAGUUCUGCCAGUCAUUCAAAUGAUAUUUGUAGAGCGGAUUUCCUUCAGUUUUGUUCAGCAUUUUGGGAAGACUACCACCAUGUUAUGCCAAGUGAUUAAUUAGUUGAUCCUCCUAGCUGCCUAGAACAGAACUGUGCAUCAGCCUUUCACACAGAUUAAAAUAUCACUAAUAUAUUUGAACAAAUGACAUACUAGCAGGGUUUCAGGGUUUAGACUGUUGUUUCUUUUAAUAGUUUCUAUAAUACAGCAGUCUAUAUCAGAUUAAAAAUAAUGUGUUUAAUAUUUAUCAUGGCUUGACUGAACGUUGACCUCUAGUGAGUUGUGAGACAGUAGGAAUAGAUACUUACUGUAAAUCUGGAAAAUUUAAAUUUACAAUUCCUGGCAGCAUUUGAUGUUAAAGAGAAAUCUACAUAUCUUCAGUCCAGUUCAGUUCAGUGGGCCUUAUCUCCAUGUAAGUGAAUAUAUUGUGGCCUUGAUAGUUUUUGUAAAGUGACUAACAUUUAAAAUGUUUAGCACUUUUAAUCUCUGAUCUGUUAGGUUCCCAGUUAAGCAAGACUCAUGGCUAUGUCCUUAUGAUAUGAGAUCACUGUCUAUGUAUUUUCUAACUUUUUUACAAUGAAGAUUUGUAGCAGCUUCCGCAAGAUUAUGUUCUCUCUGUCAGCAUCUGAAGUGAGCAAACAAACUGGGAAAUCAUGGCUGAAGUUUUUACUGUGCUGUGUUGUUGAACUUGACAGACAUCAUGAAAUGUGGAUCCCAUUCCCUUCAUUUGCAUUUUAGAAAAACAGAUAGAAGAAUAUGGUACCUUUGUUCCCACCUGCCAAGGUACUAUGAGAAUAAUUUACAAUCCUACCUACAAAAAAUCUACAAGGCUGUGCAAUACUGUUUCAGUGUUCAAGAAUUAAUGGACAGUGGGGUUGGAUGAAGUGACAAAGGUUUUGGAAAGCUGUUACUUUGCUGAUACAAUUCUGUAUUUUUAAAAAUAAUCAUAAACAUAAUGCUAAUACUUCACAGUAUGGGUGUGAAGACAAAUGUGAAGGCUGUUAGAACUAUGCAAAGUUAAGUGCAAUAAAAGUAAUAUGUGCUGCCAUGACAACAAUUGUCAAUAGAAGAGAAUCUCUCUCUGUUCAGAAUAGUUUUAUUCUGAACCUUAAACCUAUGUGCAUAAGAAAGGAAGGUGCUUAAAGAACAAAAGAUGAUGACUCAGUCCUCCUCCAGUAUCAGUUUGUGGCUAUUUCUGGUGCAAAAGAGUUUCCUAGUGUACAUAAUCUUCCACAAGCUUUGGGUACAAGAUGAGUAUCUUUCAUCGUACAAUCUACAGUUGAUUAAAAAGGUGAUCUGAACCUUGUCUGCAUAGGCUAUUAUGAUGAUACACCAAAUGUGAUUACAGAUAUGUAAUUGCAGAGAGCAUGCACAAAUUAUUGAAAUACUAGCAUAUUUUAAAAAAAUGACCAAGAUCCAAUGCACUUAAUUUUUAGAGAAUUUUACACUUGUGAUUCCUGAAUUGAAAUCUGCAUGCGGCAUGUCAAAACUUUUCUGAAUCUAGAGAAGGUUUAAAAGUAAUUUGUAGUAUGGCAUCAGGGCCUGCUUUUGACAAGAAAGGCUCCAGAGUGUGUGGACUUCUCUGGUAUAGAUCUUUGGAUCUCUGUUACUUCUUUUAAUAUUUAGUAGAAUUUUCAAGAACAGCUAUUCUCCAUAUACUAUAUACCAUAUUUAAAAUUAUUACAUUUGGUGCUUGAAGCACACUGACCUAAAGUUAAAUUUGUAUUCUUCUGUUCAUUUUAAACUUUAAUAUAUUGCUGCUCAAACAUUACACAUAAGACCAAAUAUCUAAAAGUGUUAUGUUUUUUCAGUAUAUGUAUUUCCAUAACAAAUUUGUUCCUAUUCUUAAUGGAGUAACUAAGGUGGUUAAAUGAAAACAAAGGAGUUGAAAUUAAUCUCUAAGACUUGACAGCAAACAUUCUUCCUAUUAAUAGUUGUGAAAAUGUUUUAUUUGUCUGUUCCCACACCCACUGAAAUGUUUUGGAAAGCUAUUCUUUUUUGGGAACUGCUUUGUUACAUGCACAGUGAAGUCAGUGAUUAUGUGCAAUACUGUUUGGGCAGUAGAAUUCUCUCUACACAUGAACACUCAAAGAGGAAAUGCUAAAUCGGGCCCAGUGUCUCUAACUGUAUCAUAAUGUCUUAGGUGGGUUUGGGCCCAUCAUUUUGGCCAUCUGAGUGAUGCUGGUAUGAAACUUGAGCAAAUUACCAGGAUUGCACGCCUUAUAUGGUGUGUUUUAAGAUACUUCAGUGUUAAAUUUGGUGUCUUAUGGGUUUCUUCUUUGAUGUAUACCAUACACUGUAGAUAUUAUCAUACAUUAUAAAUAUAUACAGGUUGUGUAAAACUGUGUUUUGGAGCAGUUUGUCUUUCUGUGUGUGUGAAUAUAGUUGUUAGUGUUAUUAAAAUAUAUCAAUACCUCCAUACCUAGUUUAGAAAUUCCCUAUUCCCAAAAUGGACUCAAAGCCCAUUCCAUUCCUUGGAAGUGAGAAGGUCACUUAGCUAUAGAUGCUCCAUUCUGUGUUUACACAUAAAGAUGAGGAAGGGAGCUUCCUCACUGAUUUAUAACAGUUAAUUACAUUCCUUGAUUACAUGCCUUCUUUUAAGUGACAAACUCUCUGAUGCAAACAACCCAAAGUCCCUGUUGAAUGAAUUUCACAAACAUUAAACUAGUUGUCUGCUAUGAUAAAGGGACCAGAACAAAGACAGUCUGAAAGUGUUGAUAGAUGACAGAUAGACAGGAUGUGCUUUGUACUAAGUUUUUAAAAUUCCUCUGAAUGCCUACAUGAGGAAAACAAGUUGCAAAGGGGUAUAUAAAGUGGGCUCUGAAAUAAUUUCUUUGUCUCAGCUUGGACUUCACAAAGUGCAUCUUUUUCUGCUGCAGAAAUAAACCUCUAUUUUUACUCCUUGCUCCAAAUUGCUUUUGCUAAUUUGGACCAAUCUGCUAGGCAGUGAACCUUAUUCUUGCGACAGUUUAGCAACCCACCUACAAAGACUUCCUUAGCUUGGACUUCAUCAAAUCACCUUCCCAACGACAACUCAGGUGUCAAUGGGUGAAUUCACCUACAAGGGGUAGUUGAAAGGAGGGGUGAACCAGUUGAGCUGAUAAAGGAUGGGUCCUUCACAGAGUAAAGUACUUUUUAUUUUCCUGGGAUUUUCUUCUUGGGUGAGAAUUUGGAGUGUGUGCAUGUACAUGUACAUGUAUGUGUAUGUUCUUCCUUUUGGGGUACAGAAGCUUGCCCAUUGAGAGUGCACUCAGUAGGCGUGAAUAGGGACUCUGUGUGUGAGGCCAUUUUUCAGCUGGACCUACCAGACCAACACUACAUAGAACCCAGAUAGA